AUGGACCAGUCCAAGGCCGAGAUCGUCCCUGACAGGCUCGAGCUAAUGUCAGACACAGAUUCCCCCAGUUCGGUACCCACCUUGGAUGAGGAAAAGGCCGAGCGGACAGUGAUACGCAAGAUUGAUAUCCACAUCCUCCCCUUCGUUGUGCUGUUAUAUCUAUUCAGCUUCCUAGAUCGAGUCAACAUUGGCAAUGCACGUCUAUACGGUCUAGAAGAGGAUCUAGGCCUUGUCGGCGACCAGUAUCAGAUCGCCGUAUCGAUUCUCUUCGUAACAUACUGUUUCUUCGAGGUUCCUUCUAACCUCGUGAUUAAAAAGCUAAAACCAUCCCGCUACAUCGCAACCAUCUCAGUCCUGUGGGGGAUAAUCGCCACCCUCACUGGUAUCGUCCAAAGCUAUGGCGGACUGAUCGCCUGCCGUAUUCUACUGGGCGUCGUUGAAGCAGGUCUCUUCCCUGGCUUCAUGACCUACCUCACUCUCUUUUACGGGAAACGUGAGAUCGCCCUGCGCACGGGCUACCUUUUUAGCAGUGCAGCCAUCGCCGGCGCGUUCGGUGGGUUACUCGCCUAUGGCAUCGGGUUCAUGGAUGGCAUCUGUGGACUACGAGGCUGGCGCUGGAUAAUGAUUAUCGAAGGCAUCCCGACAGUCAUCCUUGGCGUGGCGACAUGGUUUGGGUUGGCGGAUGAUCCCGACACGGCGUACUACUUGAACAAAGAAGAGCGCGAGCUCGUUGCACGUCGGCGCCGUCGCCAUGUUGGGCAGACGGAGUCUGCACAAAAAUUCCACUGGGCGGAUGUCAAGGAUGGCGCGCUUGAUUGGAAGAUCUGGGCGUUUUCUGUUGGUCAGUUUGGGGUUGAUACUAUGCUUUAUGGGUAUAGUACUUUUCUGCCGACUAUUAUCAAGGGUAUGGGGAACUGGUCGACUCCUGAGGUUCAGGCUUUGACUAUCCCUUGUUAUGCACUAGGUGCUAUUGUUUAUCUUGGCAUCGCGUGGUUGAGUGAUCGCACUCAACACCGGGCAUUUUUUGUCUGUUUGUUCAGUUUGAUAUCUGUUGUUGGAUAUGGAAUACUGAUCUCGGAAUCGUCCUCGGGUGUGCAUUACUUUGGUGCUCUGAUGGUCGCAUUGGGUUUGUAUGUCACUGUUGGCUUGCCGCUUGCCUGGUUACCUACCAACCUACCGCGAUACGGAAAACGCACCUUUGCCACGGGUCUGCAGCUCACUUUCGGCAACAUCAGCGGUGUCAUGUCCCCGUUCUUAUACAAGACGUCCGAGGGUCCACAUUUCGUUCGAGGAAAUGCUGUCACUCUGGGCUUGGUCGGAUUUGCAGGUAUCCUGUACGGUGUGAUGGCCCUUUGUUAUCGCUUUAUCAACAAGCGUAGAGCCCAAGGUCUUGAAGAUGAAAAGAUAUCCUCGUUGACGGAGGAGGAUAUCCAGGAGAUGGGUGACCGGAACCCCAGAUUCCUCUACAGCAUCUGA